AUGCGUGCGAGCAACGCAACAAGCGGUGAGGGGAGAAGGCCAGACGCUAGGCAGAUGGAGCCACCACAAGAAAAGCCAGACCACGCCGCACAACCACAGCCCCAGGUCUUGUCGUCUCCAGUUUUGGAGGCGAGCAAGGGCAAGCCAGGUGCCUCCUCCGGGAGGGCCUCAGGCAAGGAAUUUUCUCGCCAUCAUCGGACAUACAACGUCCCUCCCCAUGGGCGGCCGAGCAACAUUCGGUCUGACAAGACUGCCGGGAGAUGCCCCGAAAAAAAAGCGCUCGGCAUGUCACUAGGGCUGCGGGAAUUCACAGGGCGAGACAAUCCAACGGCCGAUGCUGGUUGGUUGGUCCAGAACGGUUGA